AUUCCUCCUCGUUGAACCGGCCGGUUUUCGCUCGGUUACCAGAAACAAGUGUCUUAAACCCUCUAACCCUCAAAAUGUCUCACCCAGCACCGUCCGAGAAGCCUUCAAAGCCUGAAAACCCUCGUGUCUUCUUCGAUGUAGACAUAGGAGGAGAGAAAGCCGGACGAAUAGUUUUUGAGCUCUUCGCUGACAUCACUCCUAAGACGGCUGAGAACUUCCGGGCGCUCUGCACAGGAGAGAAAGGCACGGGCAAAUCCACCGGGAAACCUCUGCACUUCAAAGGAUGCCCGUUCCACAGAAUUAUUAAGAAGUUCAUGAUCCAAGGAGGCGACUUCUCCAACCAAAACGGCACCGGUGGGGAGAGCAUCUACGGGGAGAAGUUUGAGGACGAAAACUUCCACUACAAGCAUGACAAAGCGGGCCUCCUCAGCAUGGCCAACGCUGGUGCGAAUACCAAUGGCUCUCAGUUUUUCAUCACCACCGUUCCCACGCCACAUUUAGAUGGCAAGCACGUAAUCUUCGGACAGGUGUUGAAAGGGAUGGGGGUUGUAAAGAUGCUGGAGACCAUUGAAACCAAUGAGGAUGUUCCUGUGAAGCCAUGUGCCAUCGGAGACUGUGGUGAGCAUAAGGACGGGGACAGCUGGGGUGUCCCAGCAACUGAUGGAUCAGGAGACGCCCACCCAGACUUCCCUGAGGACUCUGAGGUUGACUUUAAAGAUGUUGACCAAGUUCUGUCUGUUGCUGAGGACGUGAAGAAUAUUGGAAACAGUCUUUUUAAGAAUCAAGACUGGAAAGGAGCCAUCGAGAAGUACGGCAAAGCCCUCAGGUACUUGGAGAUGAGUGGAGAGCUGCUUCAGGAGGAGGCUCAGCUGAAGUUAGAACCCAUUGCUCUCAGCUGCUUCCUCAACACAGCAGCAUGUAAGCUGAAGAUGCAGCUGUGGCAGGACGCUCUGGAGAGCUGCAAUGAGGCUUUGGAGCUGGACCAAGCCAACACCAAGGCACUUUUCCGCCGGGCUCAGGCCUGGCAGGGGUUAAAAGAUUACAGCACAGCCAUGGUUGAUCUGAAAAAAGCUCAGGGAAUAACUCCAGAGGACAAAGCUAUCGCCAACGAGGUGAAGAGGGUGCAGCUGAAGAUCCAGGAGGAGAAGGAGAAAGAGAAGAAGAUCUAUGCCAAAAUGUUUGCUUGAACAGUUUACCUCCCGAUGCAAUGAACUGUUGCCUGUUAACGGUUCUAAAUAUUUGAAGUCAUGUCGGCGUGGGAAGCUGCACCUCCUCUGACAUGGAGUCUGAAACCAGGUGACAUGUGUCUCACAGUCUGUAUUACAAGGGAAUAAGUGUUGUAAGCUUGGACCUGUCUAAUUCUGACAAGUAUCUUCACUGUAAUGAUAGUUUGAGUGUUAAUGUGAUGCACAGCUCAAUCCACUGCUCUAAAAAAAAAGAAAAGGUAAACACUCAACACUGAUUAUCACUCGAGUGUUUUCUGGUAAAGUUGUGUAUCGUUUCAUGGAAUGGAUUUCGAUACAGUGCCCUGAUAAACAUCUGUCUGUUCUUAUUUAUGUUUUUUACAGAGGUCAAUAAAACAAACAAUAACAGUGAA